CCCUCUCUCUCCUUGGCGCAAAGAGACCAGAAGUAGGUGAAAAGCAAAGCACAAUUUCAGAUUUUCGCAUUUCCGUGACAACCACUAUAGCUCCCUUUACCUAAUCUAAUAGAAAAGUGAGAGAGUUUCACCGGAAAAAGUGAGACAAGAGAAAAUAGAGAUACCCUUCAUUUCCGGUGGAGAAGAAUUUGUCUCGUGGGGUUUCUGUGGAUAGUUCAUUCGUUCAAUUUUUUUGUCUUUGGAGUAAAUGACAUCUGGGGAACUGGUUGGGAGGUUGAAGUGACGGAUGAAUCCCAUGUUCGCAUCUCAGUCGAAGGUUUGAAAGUCUGGAAAUUUGAAGUCAAAUCUCUCUGAUUUGUCUUUGUCGCUGUUGGAGUCGGAGCUCACUCGCGGAUUUGAAAUGCUGAUAAUUUUGGAUGAUGGUUAUGGUCGGAUUCAGACUCAGUCACAAUGAAGUUGAUUCUUCUGUGAUACCCUGUGGAAAUGUCGGCCUCUUCGGCUUCUUUUGAGCGGCCGCGACCUGCCGCUUCCAACACGGUUUUUAAAAGUGGCCCACUUUUCAUAUCUUCUAAAGGAAUAGGCUGGAAGUCUUGGAAGAAGCGUUGGUUCAUACUUACACGGACAUCAUUGGUUUUUUUCAAAAACGACCCUAGCGCGCUUCCUCAGAGAGGUGGUGAAGUUAAUCUAACACUGGGUGGUAUUGACUUAAACAAUUCAGGGAGUGUUGUUGUUAGAGAAGAUAAAAAGCUUCUCACAGUACUGUUUCCGGAUGGACGUGAUGGUCGAGCAUUCACUCUUAAGGCUGAGACAUCAGAAGACUUGUAUGAAUGGAAGACAGCACUUGAGGAAGCUCUUGCUCAAGCACCAAGUGCUGCUCUUGUCAUGGGACAAAAUGGGAUCUUUCGUAGUGAUGCGAGUGAUUCUGUUGAAGGGUCUUUCCAUCAAUGGAGAGAUAAGCGUCCAGUUAAGUCAUUGGUUGUUGGAAGACCAAUUCUACUUGCACUUGAAGAUAUUGACGGUGGUCCAUCCUUCCUUGAAAAAGCUCUUCAGUUUUUAGAGAAGCAUGGAACUAAAGUUGAAGGAAUUUUGCGGCAAUCUGCAGAUGUUGAGGAGGUAGAUCGGAGAGUUCAAGAAUAUGAGCAAGGCAAGAAUGAAUUUUCUUCUGAUGAGGAUGCUCAUGUUAUUGGUGACUGUGUUAAGCAUGUAUUAAGGGAGCUACCUUCAUCUCCAGUUCCAGCAUCAUGCUGCACUGCUUUGUUAGAGGCUUAUAAAAUUGAUAGGAGGGAAGCUAGGAUCAGCGCGAUGCGCUCUGCUAUACUGGAAACCUUUCCAGAGCCUAAUCGACGUUUAUUACAGAGAAUUCUGAAGAUGAUGCAUAAAAUUGCUUCUUAUUCUCUUGAGAACCGAAUGACUCCAUCUGCUAUUGCUGCUUGCAUGGCACCAUUGCUCUUAAGACCUUUACUAGCUGGAGAAUGUGAACUGGAGGAUGAAUUUGAUACUAGUGGUGAUAGUUCAGCUCAGCUUCUUGCAGCUGCUAAUGCUGCUAAUAAUGCUCAAGCAAUCAUUACGACUUUGUUGGAAGAGUAUGAUAGUAUUUUUUAUGAUGAAAUUAUACAGAGAUGCUCCAUUUCGGCAGACUCUAGGGUUGAAAACAGUGAGACUGAGGAUUCCACUGACGAUAAUAAUGUCGAUGUGAAAGACAAUGGUUACCAUGAUGCAGAGAAUGAAGUUGAUCAAGAGACAGAUGAUGAUGCUGUUCGUGUGCAAAGUGGAAAAAUGAGUGAAAGUAGUGGUUAUGCUGGCAGUGAUCUGUACGAUUACAAGCAGGUAUUUGGUGGUGACGAUUCUGAUGCUGGAUCCUCCAAUGGUUACCAUGCUAAGGCUGAGAUUGCAAAUUCCAAUGCUGAUACUGAUGCCAAACAUUCUACAGAUCCAAACAAGCAGAAGGGAAACGAAAAUUCAGCUGAUGAGAAGGAUGCUACAAAUAUGUUGCCUGGCCCUGAGUCUUAUCGUUCUAUGGGUGAAAUAUUAUCUUCAAUGGAUCCUGGUAAUCACUUUUCUGUGCCUGGAAAUGAACCAGGUUCUGGGAAGCAAACUGGUAGAUCUAGUAACACCAAUGUCAGUUCUAAACGAUCAGCAUUCUGGGGAAGGAGCAAUGUGAAAAGGACACCCUCAGUGGAGUCUGUUGAUUCUUCUGGAGAAGAAGAGCUUGCUAUUCAAAGACUAGAGAUUGCAAAAAGUGAUUUGCAACACAGAAUUGCAAAGGAGGCUAGAGGAAAUGCAAUUUUACAAGCAAGCUUAGAGAGAAGAAAGCAAGCUUUGCAUGAGCGGCGUUUGGCACUUGAACAAGAUGUUUCAAGAUUGCAAGAGCAGUUGCAAGCUGAGAGGGAUCUUAGAGCUGCAUUAGAAGUUGGUUUGAGCAUAUCUUCAGGACAGUUUUCAGGCUCACGUGGAAUGGAUUCCAAGACAAGAGCUGAACUUGAGGAGAUUGCACUUGCUGAAGCUGACGUGGCCAGGUUGAAGCAGAAAGUUGCAGAACUCCACCAUCAGCUGAAUCAGCAAAGACAGCAUCACUAUGGUUCGCUGCUUGAUGCAUCUGAGCGAUACCAACACAUCCAAAAUCCUCCUCAGCAGAGAUUUCUUCAGCAAGAUUUUGAUACAACCCUUGCCUUUUGUAAUAAUGAAAGGAAACAAAGGGCUGAGGAGAAUUUGUUCGGUGCAGAAUUGAGAGCUGUAAAAGGACAAGCAUUGGCAUCCAGUAAUGGUUGUAAGCAGCCUUCUUGGAAGCAACCGGUAGACUCAACUAGUCCAUGUGAUUCUAAAAGUACUGAGGCAUCAACAAGCAUGUCUGUCGAUGAGCUCUGCGCUGUUGAUUCUACCUCAUUACCCUCCACAUCAAGAGCAGCAGAGGUUAUGGAAUACGGAAGACAUCCAUCUGUUGCAUCCUCAACCUUGGUAGAAUUAACUACACGUCUUGAUUUCUUCAAGGAAAGGCGUUCUCAGUUGAUGGAACAGCUCCAUAACCUUGACUUGAACUAUGGUUAGACAACUUCCCCAGAUGUCUUCAUUGCAUCAUCACUGUCAUGGAGUAGACCUGUCAAAUUGAUGCUUCAUCAAAUCAUCUGGGAAGAAUUGUGCUGACCUUUUUUGUAUAUUCUGACUCUGCGUACAUGUUUAUUAUUUGUGGUCCUGUGUCUCAUAUUUCUUGUUCUGUUUUCGUUUUUUCUCUUUGGCUAGUGAAAAGGACAUUGGUGUUUGGAUGAGGAAACCUUUUUCUCUUGGUCAUCAGGCUAUUACUCUUUAUUGUUAGUUUAUUUCUUUUCUUAUUAAUUCCUUGUAUCAUUAGGGAAAGGGGUUGGAGGUUGGUGUAAUUAUUUGUUGGGUGGCAUCUUAUUGAAUGAAACAUCUAUUGUGAGUAAA